UCUGUCAACGCAGCCCAUUGGGUAGCUGAGUCUUCAAUGCCGCACAGCUUCCCGUCCACCUCCUGAGCUCUCCGUGGGGAAACCUUCAGCAGCUCUUAUCACAGCACCGUCAUUCCCUGUCAAAUGUUGAACCUCUGUAAGGUCGCUGAUUCUUUGUAUAUCAGCAAUUCCAGGUCUGCCUGCAACGAGACUCUCCUCGCUCAAGAGGGAAUUACAUUCUGUAUCAACGUCUCCAGACAGCAGCCAUUCCCAAGUGUUCAGCGAGUCCAAAUGCUGAGGGUCCCAGUCUUUGAUGAUCCGGCAGAGGACCUGGCUAAAUAUUUUGAGAGCUGCAGCGCUGCCAUAGAGAGCACAGCCCAGAGUGGUGGGAAGUGCUUAGUGUACUGUAAAAAUGGUCGCAGCCGAUCUGCAGCCAUCUGCAUGGCUUACUUGAUGAAGCACCAACGUCUCUGCCUGAAGGAUGCCUCUGAGAUUGUGAAGACUGCCAGGCCAGUAGCAGAGCCCAAUCCAGGAUUUUGGUCUCAACUACAGAAAUAUGAAGAACAUUUACAAAUGCAACAUCCGGUGGAUUCUUCUCAAAAAAGAACUUCGUGAUAAACAUUUUGAUUCAGAUUAUAGUUUGGGGGAACUCUUCAAAGAGGUGUGUAUGCCUGAAGAGCUUGGAAAGACUGUGACUAGCUGCAGUACAUCUUAUCAUUGGCCCAGCUGCCCCAGGAGAUGUUCUGGUGGGAUGCUCUGGUCACACACAUUCCCAAAAGCUUUUAUGUAUGGAAACAGAAGAGUGUCCUUCAAAGUUACAAAAAAAAAUAAUGUUCCAGACAGAGAACCAAAGAUGUUCAUGUUUGCUUUUCUUGAACAAGAUAAAAUUAGUGUGUAUUCUGCAAACCAGUCCAUGAGGACUGAUGU